ACGAAAUACCCAUUAUGUGUUUCACUUGCCAAUCCUUGAGAUUGAUUGGGCGGAGCUUGUUGGAGAUGCUCUUAUACCGAGUAAGUUUUAUAACUCCACCAGCAUCCAAGAACUCCAGUCUUCCUAUCCUCCACUGUCUUGUUCGCGGGUGAAAUACUGUAAGUAAAACUCUGUUAUCCAAUGAUUCAAUUUCUCUCAGACCCUAAAUUUGGAGAUAUUGUGUAAGUUCCCAUUCCUUAUCCAACUAUUUUUAUCUUUAGAACCAAUUGAAUUUAGAUUUUGAUUUACUCCGUUUUGUUUAAUUUGUUAGUAUAGACUUGAAGUUUCUGCCAAGUUUUUCAAUUUUGUAAUCUAAAUAAGGUAAAAUGGAAGUGUUGUCAGGUGCAUUUUACGGCGAAACAUGUUUGAAGCCCUUAAUUCUUAGUGAUAAAUCUAGUUCAAAGUUGUUAUUGGGUAGAAUAGCAAAUGGGGUUUUGGAUAGAAAGCUGGAAACUGGAUAUUUUGGUAGGAAUUGUUGGGGUUUUAGAAAAAUUGGUAUUUUUGCUGUUAAGGCUAUAGAUGAGAAACAGCAAGUGCCUGAAGUGGAUGAUUGGAAACUUGAAUUUCUAGGGAAAGGCCGCCCUUUAGGUUCACAACCUCUCGAAAAAAAGAAGAAAUUGGAGAAUUCGAGGUUGUUGAGGGAUUCAGAUGGUAUGGAUUGGUGUGUGAGGGCAAGGAGUGUUGCGUUGAAAUCGAUUGAGGAUAGGGGGAUGGAGCGAGUUAUGGAGAAUAUGGUGAGUCGUAAGGCUAAAAAGAAGAAGAAGAAUAAGAAGAAUAAGGGCAUAAUAGACAAGAAAGUUAAGGUAGAUGAUGAGGACUUUGAUUUUGAUUCUGAUGAUGAGAAUGAUGCUAGUCCUGUAGAUAAUAUGGAUCACCUACUUAACGCGGUUGGUAUGCUUGGAGAUGGAAUGUUUGAGGAGAGAAAGAAGGAAACAAUGGAGACAUUUAUUCAGAGGUUGUCACAAUUUGGUAGUCAGCCAUCUGACCGGAAAAAAGAGGUUAACUUAAACAGAAUGGUUGUUGAUGCGCAGACAGCACAAGAGGUGUUGGAGGUGGUAUCUGAAAUGAUAAUUUCUGUUGGGAAAGGUUUGAGCCCUUCCCCGCUCUCUCCUCUGAAUCUUGCUACUGCCAUCCAUAGGAUUGCAAAGAAUAUGGAGAAAGUGUCAAUGGUUGAAACUCGAAGGUUGGCCUUUGCUCGUCAAAGGGAGAUGUCUAUGCUUGUUGGUAUUGCAAUGACUUCACUCCCAGAGUGCUCAGCGCAAGGUAUCUCAAAUAUUGCUUGGGCUUUGUCUAAGAUUGGAGGUGACCUCCUGUAUAUGACGGAAAUGGAUAGAGUUGCAGAGAUUUCCAUGACAAAAGUUGGUGAAUUUAAUUCCCAAAAUGUAGCUAAUGUUGCUGGUGCAUUUGCCUCAAUGAGACACUCUGCACCAGAUCUCUUUGUAGAGUUGUCUAAGAAAGCUUCUGAGAUUAUUCAUACUUUUCAUCCACAAGAGCUUGCCCAAUUGUUGUGGGCUUUUGCUUUUUUAAAUGAACCAGCUGAUCAUUUGCUUGAAGCUUUAGAAAAUGUUUAUAAGGAUCAAGAUCAGUUUCAAUGUAGCUCAAUUAGGGGUUCAUUAAGCCAUGACGAAGCUGGACUUGCUGACGCUGAAGGUCCGAGUCCUUUUAUCCUUAGAUUCAAUAGGGAUCAGCUUGGUAAUAUAGCUUGGUCUUAUGCUGCUCUUGGUGAGAUGGACCGCAAUUUCUUUUUCAAUGUGUGGAAAACUCUGCAAAAUUUUGAGGAAGAAAGAAUUACAGAUCAGUACAGGGAGGAUGUUAUGUUCGCGUCACAAGUCUAUUUGGUAAACCAGUGCUUGAAAGUUGAGUAUUCUCAUCUUCAGCUGUCUUUAAGAAAUGAUGUUGAGGAAAAGAUUGCCCGUGCUGGGAGAACUAGGAGAUUUAAUCAAAAGGUUACGUCAUCAUUCCAAAAAGAGGUUGCUCGUCUACUUUACGGUACUGGGCUAGAUUGGGUGAAAGAAUAUGACUUGGAUGCAUACACAUUAGAUGCAGCCUUGAUUGACAAGAGAGUUGCUCUUGAAAUUGAUGGACCUACUCAUUUUUCCAGAAAUUCAGGAGUCCCUCUUGGACAUACUGUGCUGAAACGGAGAUAUGUUUCUGCUUUUGGUUGGGAUCCUGUAUCAGUUUCUCAUCAAGAAUGGCAAGAAUUAGAAGGAAGUGUUGAGCAAGAAGAAUACUUGAGACAAAUUUUGAAAGAUUAUGUAGGGUGAGAUUUUACCUUCAUACAGUAGAAGCAGAAAAUGUGGAUGUGCUGAUCAUUCGAUAUGUUGGACUUGACUGAAAAUAGAAGCUGGACUUUCAAUGCCUGUGUUACAUUAUUUAUAGGAACAGGACUAAUCUGUAUAUUCUGUUUACCCGAUUAAUGUAAAUUUGUAAUGCAAAUAUGUUUGUGUCAUUUGAUCAUCGUGUUUCAGCAUGUUGUGCAAUUUGUUACUUUGGUUUA